CAGUUUCAGUUGAUAUUUUGCUUCUGAAUGCUUUGUGUGUGUUUUGAUCAAAUCAGGAAUUUCAAAAUCGAAUUGAUCGUUGAAAUGAUUGACGUGCACAAGAACUUAAGAUUGAAAAGGCUUAAUGGGCUACCUAUGGGCCUUGAAUAUAUUUAUUCUCUCUCUCUUAUUCCAACCUCCAAAAUUCAAAUUCGCUCGUCUCUUUCUUUCUCUCUCUCUGGGUCUCGACUCUCUAGCAAUGGCGCUUUCCGCAGCUUUCAAGGAGAGACUAGAUCAAAUGGAGUUUACCAGAAACCAGCGACUUCAUCUUCUCCAGGCGGAGAAAGAGCUACAAGUGGAGAAAUCACAGAUACUAGCAACCAAGCACGCAAACAUACAAUCAAUAGAACGCAAAUGUUUGAUGCUCGACCAGAAGAUCGCGGCACAAAACCUCAAGAUCACGCUUCUCAGAUCUACCAUCCAAGAUCUCGAUUCCAAAUACCACUGCUCUGUUCAGCAACUGAGGACGCUAAAGAGCGAGGUUGAAGAGUUAAAGGAGUUAGACCAAGAGAGGGAAAAGUAUUACGAGCUGAAAUGCUCAGAGAUGAACGAGUUCAUGCAAAAUGUGGAGCGGUUCAGAUCAGAGAAACGGUUACAAGUCAAGAACCUGAGAGACCAUGUCAAGGAGCUUAGCUCAACGUUCGAGGAAAUUCACAACAAGAACAAUUAUCUGAGGAACACAAAUUAAAGGUAUGGUUCCUCUAAUCAUCAUAGCAUGAAGCGAGGUGCAAAAGCAUAUAAACACGUUUGCAG